AUGGUGAGGCCAACAGAAGCAGAAACAGAGGUGACGCCGUCUUUGGAGAGGUGCUGGUGGUGGUGGUGGUCGUCGGGGCGGAGGCGCUUGCCGAGGAUGAAAGGGGUUGGGGUUAGGAGCGAAUGCGCAAGGUACGACUUGGAACUGCAUGUGGUCCAUAGGAACUCCCAAGGAAAAUUGGCUGUAAUUGCAAUUUUAUACGAUUUAGGACAUUCCGAUUCUUUUCUCGACAAGAUUUUGGCAAAUAUUAGUCAUUUUCUAAAAGGUGAAGAAAAAAUUGAUUUGGGUGUUGUUAAUCCAUGGGACAUCAAUUUUGGAAGCAAAAAGUAUUACAUAUAUAUGGAUUCUCUCACAGUUCCUCCAUGCACAGAAGGGGUUCUUUGGACAUUGCUCGACAAGGUUAGAACUACAUCGAAAGAGCAAAUUGCAGCACUGAAGAAAGUUGUACAUGAUGAUUUCGAAAAUAAUGCAAGACCACCUCAACCUCUCAAUGAUAGAAUAGUAUCAAAGUAUUUCCAAGAAAUUCCAUGA